AUGUUUCGAUAUCGGUUCUUUUUCGUUGAUUUAUACAAUAAUUUACAAUCUCUUCAUAAGAUACAACAAAAUGAAUUAGAACACAUUUCUGUGCUUUUUCGUGGAGAACUUAUAAGCGCAAAGGAAUUCAAUGUAAUUGAAGGCCUUAUCGGCUCAUUUGUAGUAGUCAAUAGCUUUUGGUCAACUACAACAGAUCGAGAAGUUGCUCACAUUUACUCUGCUAAUGGAGAACAUCGACCAGAAAAGGAAUCGAUUGUCUAUGAAAUUUAUCUUGAUAGAGAUGUUAUUAAGCGGGGUAGACAACCAUUUGCUGAUAUAAAACAAUUUAGUCGUUUCAAAGACGAAGAUGAAUAUUUAUUUGUAAUCGGUAGUGUUUUUCGUCUUGAAAAAAUUCGAUAUGAAGGUGAACGCCGGGUAAUCGUGUUAUCAUUAACAGACGGCCCUGAUACACAAUUUAAUCAAUAUAUUCAAUAUUACAGGAGGAAAAUUGAUGAAACCGAUUGUACGUUGCAGACGCUGGUGUCCAUUCUUAUAGAAUUCGGUAAAUAUAAAGAAGCUCAUAAAUAUUUACAAGCAAGUCCAUCAGAAGAGGGUGAGCCAACUGAAUAUCUUAUCGAUCCGGCUAUAUCCGACUUAAUUCAACAAAUCUCAACAAAUUAUACUGAACCUCUUAUUAUCAAUCGGUUUUUACAUGGGAUAUUGAAUCAUCUACGCAUUGUAGCUAUUCAUUCAGGCUCGUCAACACAAACACAAUUAUUACCACAAAUAACAGAGAACAUGAAAUAUUGUACCAUGAAUUUUUAUUACUCAGGACUGAUUAAUUAUGGAUUGAGAAGAUAUCGCGAGGCACUUCAUUAUUUUGAUCGUGCUUUGGAUACUAUCUUUACACAAGAUCGUUCACUUUUCGUUGCCUCAGAGCCAAGACAUUUACAAUUAAGCAACCAGCAUCUGACACAUUCCAGACUAGCUAAAGUUUAUUACCAUAUUGCACUCGUUCACUUUCCACUCGUGUUAUAUUCAAUAGUAAUUUCAGUGCUUUCAAAAGCGUAUGUUCACUACUUUUUAGUCAAUAACAUUGAACGUCGUGUUGGUUACGAUCUAAAUGGUGAUGGCUAUAUCGGAGGAGAAGGAUUUAUGAGUAAAUUAGAAAGACGAACUCAUAUUGAUUUCAAUCGUGAUAAUGUUAUUGGCCGUCAUCCUGAUAUCUAUUACGGCUAUCAAGGAGCAUAUGGUUCUGGACACAGUAGUUAUCCAUCUACGAAUUAUGGGUAUACUGGAUAUUCUUAUUAA